CAUCUCUCUACGGCUCAACUCAAUCCACCCCCGGAGAAAAUAAAGCUAACACCACGAUAAUCAUAUACACAUAGUUUCAUCAUUCAUCCCUCAUUCAUAAUUCUUCUCUCCCCUCUCUCUCUCUCAAACGUCUCCCUCAAGUCUUAAUUUUUCUCUUGACCCUUUGAUCCGACUAAUACACUCUUGUGUUGAUCAGAAUUGUACAUAAUCUAAAUUUGGGUGAAUUUGCAAACAAACACGGAACUCUUAAGAUAUCAUCUUUGAGAUAUACAUCGACGCAUGGGUUUUGAUGAAUCCUUGGGUUUCCAUUUAAUGAGGUUGGAAGCUACAAUUAAAAAUUCUAUCCGCUUUUAGUAUAAGGAUUCCUAGAAGUGAUUAUGGAAUUCUGAUCAACUCUGUUUGCGAUAACUUAUCAUUUAUUUCGGAAGCCUUGUCUUAUAUAACAAAUCCCGGGCACUGCAGAGUUUGGGCAGUGCCCACAAUGGACGCCACCGCAAGUGGGACCCAGAGUGUUCAAUAUUGCAACAUCAAUGAACAACCGAUUGCUUCACCAUUUCAAAAGAAACAGAGGCUUUGUUUGGUUAGCACAUGUCCCGGGGAGUUCCCAUUAUCUACAAAUCCAUCCAUUGUACUUCAUGUCCUCACCGGGUGUAAUCUGGACCCUCAAGACCUCGCAAUACUAGAGGCCACAUGUUCUUUCUUCAGGCAACCCGCAUAUUUCCCUCCUGAUUUUGAGCUCUCUUUGGCUGAGCUGGCGGCUCUAGAUAUGUGCCAUAAAAGAGCUAUCUUUAAACCAAUGAGUGAAGAGCAAAGGGGAGACUUAAAGCAAAGGUGUGGGGGUUCUUGGAAACUUGUCCUCAGGUAUUUGCUGGCCGGGGAAACAUGCUCCAGGCGUGAGUCAUCACAAGCAAUAGCGGGGCCUGGCCAUAGUAUUGCCGUUACUUCAAAAGGAGAUGUGUAUGCAUUUGGUUCCAACAACUCUGGACAGCUUGGACAUGGGACUACCGAGGAGGAAUGGAGGCCUCGCCAAAUUAGAUCUCUGCAAGGUGUACGCGUCAUUCAUGCAGCAGUUGGAGCUGGGCGGACAAUGCUGAUUAGUGAUGCCGGGAGGGUUUAUGCGUGUGGUAAGGACCUAUUUGGUGAAUCGGAUUACGGUGGCCAAGGAAAUAAAAUAGUGACUACCCCACAGUUAGUAGAAUCUUUGAAAGACAUAUUUGUUGUACAAGCUGCAAUUGGGAAUUUCUUCACGGCCGUGUUGUCUAGAGAGGGAAGGGUGUACACAUUUUGUUGGGGUAACGAAAAUAAACUUGGUCACCAAACGGAAUCAACUGAUUUAGUGCCCCGCCCAUUGUUAGGGGAACUUGAAACUAUACCGGUGGUACAAAUUGCAGCAGGAUAUUGCUACCUUCUAGCUCUGGCUUGUCAACCUAGUGGCAUGUCUGUAUAUUCAGUUGGUUGUGGUUUGGGUGGAAAGCUUGGUCAUGGAACACGGACAGAUGAGAAGGUCCCACGGUUGAUUGAAAAGUUCCAAACUUUGAAUCUUCAACCGGUUGUUGUUGCAGCCGGGGCUUGGCACGCAGCUGUGGUAGGGAAAGAUGGGAGGGUGUGUACAUGGGGUUGGGGCCGUUAUGGAUGUUUGGGUCAUGGAAACGAAGAUUGUGAAUCGGCUCCUAAGGUUGUUGAAGCCCUCAGCAACAUUAAAGCUGUCCAUGUUGCCACGGGAGACUAUACCACUUUCGUGGUUUCUGAAGAUGGAAAUGUCUACUCAUUUGGUUGUGGAGAAUCAUCCAGCCUAGGACACAACAAUGCUAAUGCAGUGGAGGGCCAGGAAAAUAGGCACUCAAACAUCUUAAGCCCGGAGCUUGUGCCAUCAUUGAAGCAAGUGAAAGAGAGGGUUGUACAGAUUAGUCUUACCAAUUCCAUAUACUGGAAUGCCCACACAUUUGCCCUCACAGAAUCCGGGAAGCUUUACGCCUUCGGGGCAGGGGACAAAGGGCAGCUUGGGGUUGCCCUCCCUUCCAACCAAUCUGAAAGGGCAAACCCCGAACGUGUCGAGAUCAAUCUCAGUUAACUAAUCCAAUUGGUUCUGAACUUCUGAUUAGUGUAUCUAGUUUGUCUAUAACUCCAUGUCUAUUAUGUAUAUAGGAAAAAAUGAAUAUUUAUUGUGAAUAAGCUAGGUUUUGAGAUUUGAAAAUUAACUUUUGAAAAAAAAUGCUGGCUGUUAUAUACACCAGUAGUAAAGUUAAAUGUUUGAUGCAUUUGUUCAGGUUGUUGUUUUCACUGCAUUUACCUUUC